AAAGCCGCAGACAUUGACAAACCGCACUACCAUCCAUUUGUGCGCAAUGUCAGUUUCAAGCUUGAGGAGGUGUCUUCCAAAUCCAACUUUUCUUCUUUCCUUUUCAUCCUUUCACUCUCAUACUUCUUUGCCCCCUUCUACUCACAAUGUUGAUGAUUCUGUGUCUUUGUUCCACCGCUUGCUCCAAAUGCGUCAUACUCCAUCAAUCAUCGAAUUUGGUAAGGUUCUAACAUCCCUCAUGAAGGCGAAGCAUUACUCCACCGCCAUAUCCCUUUCUCACCAAAUGGAAUUUAGGGGAAUCAUGCCUGACAUCUUUACUCUCAACAUCUUAAUCAACUGUUACUGCCACCUAGGUCAAAUCUCUUUUGCCUUUUCUGUUUUGGCCAAGAUUCUCAAGAGGGGUUAUAAGCCAAAUACAAUCACCUUCAAUACCCUCAUUAAAGGUCUCUGUCUUAAUGGCCAGGUUAAGAGAGCACUGCAAUUUCAUGACAAACUACUAGCACAAGGAAUUCAAUUGAACCAAGUCAGUUAUGGGACCUUGAUCAAUGGGUUGUGUAAAAUGGGUGAAACAAGAGCUGCCUUGCGGUUGCUGAGACAGAUUGAAGGGAAAUUAGUUCAGCCUAAUGUGGUCAUGUACAACACCAUCAUUGAUAGCCUCUGUAAAGAUAAACUUGUAAGUGAAGCUUGCGAUUUAUAUUCGGAAAUGGUACUCAAGAGAAUUUCUCCUGAUGCUGUCACUUACAAUGCUCUAAUUUAUGGCUUUUGCAUUGUGGGUCAAUUGAAAGAAGCAGUUGGUUUGCUAAAUGAAAUGGUGUUGAAAAACAUCAACCCAAAUGUUUAUACCUUUAAUAUACUAGUUGAUGGGUUAUGUAAGGAAGGAAAGGUGAAAGAGGCUAAAAAUAUGUUAGCUGUGAUGAUGAAAGAAGGUGUAAAGCCUGGUAUUUUCACUUACAAUUCUAUCAUGGAUGGGUAUUGCCUAGUUAAAAAAGUGAACAAGGCUAAAGAUGAAUUCAACUCUAUGAGCCAAAGGGGAGUCGCUCCUGAUAUUUGGAGCUACAGUAUCAUGAUUAAUGGAUGCUGUAAGAGUAGUAUGGUGCAUGAAGCUCUGGAUCUCUUUGAGGAAAUGCAUUCCAAAAAUCUGAUUCCUGAUACAGUAACUUACAGCUGCCUUAUUGAUGGUCUGUGCAAAGUAGGGAGAAUAUCUUGUGCUUGGGAGCUUGUUGGUAAAAUGCACGACAGAGAUCAACAGGCUGAUAUAAUCACUUACAAUUCUUUAUUAGAUGCUCUAUGCAAGAAUCAUCAUGUUGACAAGGCAAUUACAUUACUUGAGAGAGUUAAAGACAAGGGCGUUCAACCAGAUAUGUACACAUACAAUAUAAUUAUUGAUGGACUAUGCAAAAGUGGAAGACUAAAGGAUGCACAAGAGGUUUUUCAGGAGCUUUUGAUUAAAGGCUAUCAGCUAAAUGUUGUGACAUAUAAUAUAAUGAUCAAUGGGCUUUGUAUAGAGAGUUUGUCCGAUGAAGCACUGGCCUUGCAAUCAAAAAUGGAAGACAAUGGCUGUGUUUCUGAUGCUGUAACUUAUGAAACAAUUAUUCGGGUUCUCUUUAGAAAAAAUGAGAAUGAUAAAGCACAGAAACUUCUUCAUGAGAUGAUUGCUAGAGGUCUGCUUAAGAUUGAAGUCAAGAUGUUGUACUUCCAUUGUUUACAGCUGCAAUGGCACUUCCCCAAUCUAUUCGAGGAUAUUUGGGUGUUCUUUACACUGCUGCAGCUAGAUAUGCCCCCUUUUCUUUUUAAGUCCUUUCUUCAAAUGGGGCAUCAAGGUUCUCUUAAGGCCACAUAACUUCUUAGACCUUUCUUGGAAAUACUUGAUGGUUUGGAACUGAAAGACCCUUUCCUAAGGAAUUGCAUUGACUGACCUGCGGCCAUUCUUGCUCUCCGGGGUGUAAAAUAACGGUAUACUUACUCCCCGCGCAGAUGAUAAAUGCAUCGUUAAUGAAACAGUGCUGGUUGAAGUAUUAGUAUACAAAUUCAGUGUUACUUUAUAGUGUAUUCUAUUUGUGUCUAAACAAUUUUUUCCUCCAACUCUUCAGCUUUACAUGUUUGCAGAAUGGUACAAACUUGGAUCCUGUCUUGAGUACUAGCUUUCUGGAACUGCAGCUAUUGUUGAUGCUCUUGUAGGAGGAGAGAAGUUGCGCGGACAGAUUUCUCUUCAUAGUCAUGUCGAGAAGAUCGUUAUCAUAGAUAAUGACUUUACCUUGAAGAUAUGAUGGUAUUCAUGAAAGUUGCUUUGCCUAAAUGGUAUCUCUUUAAGUAUAAAACCUUCAUUUUUUUAAUGAUGAGCAGAUAAUUGAUCAAAUAAUCACAUUCUUAUACUCAUGUUAUGAAACUGUAUCAACUACUGUAAUGAUGGCUGUCAAGUAUCUCCAUGAUAAUUAUGGACUUCUUGAAGAAGUCAGGGUGACUCAAUGUUUAACUAAUAUCAAAUAUGUUUACUUCUUCUAGCAAGUUGAAGGAAAUUAAAGGUGCAAGAUGCCAACUUUAAUUUCGAAGAAACUUGUGCAUGCAGGUUUCAAGUUUAAUUACAGUCUUUAGGGAAUGUUCUAAGAUGCAAUUCAAUGUUGCAAGGAAAGGGGAUAUCUUUAACCUCUCAUGUCUUGCAGCAUUGUCACUUAAGCAAGUCACAAAAGCAGAAGAAGGGGUUGUGGUUUAUCUAGAUGGCUGUGAUUUGGUCAAUCUGGACCCUGAGAAAUCAUGUAAUAUUUAGAGGCUCUGGUUGUGAUAUAGAAGGGAUAAAUGAAACGGUAAAAGUGAAAUCUUGGAAAUGGUUAUCGGCUAAAAGUCAGAAUUUUGGGAGCUCUAUCUAUGAAUGGUUCUGUAACCCAUUUAUUUGCAUUGAAGCACUGUAAUAAAGUUCUGUACGCUCCUUGCAAUGCUAUUAGUCUAACUAGCAUAUAGAAUAGUGGCUAUUUUUGUCUGAGAAGGUCAAACUCGAAGGGCUUGGGAGUGCAGAAUGUCUCCCUAAGCUGCAUCUGAUCUGAUCUUAUUUGAAUUAGUGCCUGUGUGUAUUGCUUCUGCUUGAGAUGUUUGACUCGUCCCUGCCAUGAUUUGGGAAAUUAAGAAGCCUCGUGGAUAGCUUAAUAAGGAGACAAGGAACCUUUAAUUUACUGUGGCUAGAAGUUUGGAUGGGGAGUGUUGUGCUUGGCUUCAACUUGCUGUGUCAUCUAAAAUGGCUUUUGCUGGUAGUAGUGACCAGUUCCUAUGGCUAUACAUUUGGGUCUGUUGGGUAGAUUUAGUCUUCAUUAAGUCAUUAACUAUGUAACUCUUAAUUUAUUCUCUGCAAAUUUGGUUCACUUUGUUUGUA